UUAAAAGUCAUGCAGCCCACCCCCCUGCAGUCAGCAGGGACAUCUGCUACUAGAGCAGGUUGCUCGAGCCCCAGACAACCUGACCUGGAAUGGUUCCAGGGUUGGGGCAUCUCCUACCUCUCUGGGCAACCUAGGGCAGGGUCUCACCAUCCUCCCUGUCAAAAAUCUCUUCCUUGUCUCCAGUCUGGAUCUCCCUAUUUUAGUUCAAAUCACCCCCCCUCGUGCUGUCACACCAGGAAGAUCUGUCCCCAGCUUUCUGUAGCCCCUUAAAGCACUGCAUGGCUACCAGGAGGUCUCCCUGGAGCCUUCUCCAGGAUGAACACCCCCAUUUCUCCCAGCAGAGGAGGGCUUCCAGCCUUCUCAGCAUUGCUCUGCUCCAACAGGUGCGUGUUUCUCGCCUGGUUUCUUUUCUCUCUCACUGAACACCUCACAAGAGCAGCCACUGCUUCCCUUAGAUUUAUUUUUCUCACGAAGACCUUUGAUUUGAGGAUCAGAUGACCAGGAGAGGUUCCUCGGCGCACCGAGGCGCAGUUACUUGCUGAGCCCAUACCUUUCUUUCCUUCACCUUUGCCCGUUAACCGGUUGCCCCGCCGGCGCGGGGCGGCUGCAGCGGGAGACCAGCGGGAGGCAGGAACUACACUUCCCAGCAGGCAGCGCGGGGCAGCCAGCGACGGCUCGGCCCGCCCCGCGUUGCGUGCUGGGAAAUCGAGUUCCCCGUUAGCUCGGAGCCACCCCAUUGGCUGGCUUCCCGAUAGGGCAGGAGCGGCGUCCAGCAACAGCCGAGGGCGGGGACUGCGGCGCGAGUCGCCGCUCCUAUUGGUGGGUGCGAGGGAAGUGGGCGGGGACAAGCACGGCCAGUGACCCGCCCCCUCAGAGCGGCGCGCUUUGAUUGGCGGAGGGGCAGUUUGGCGCCAGCUUUGGAGCGGCCGACGGGUAGCAGCUGGGGUCAAAGCGGUGCGGGCCGCGCUGACAGCAGGACGUUCAUCUACCAUGGAUCCUACGCGGGGAGGCUCUUACCGCCGCCGCCUUCUCCUUCUCUCGCCAAAAUCUCCAGCCUCACCAGCCGUGGUCAAGUCUCUCUUUCCAGCCGACCUCUCGCCGGUCUCCGAUCUUCGCAUCACCAUGGAGCAGCUGGGAAGAGGUGAGUGUGAAAACACUGAGCAAGGUCUGGAGAGCAAGAACACCAACACCAGUGGUUUGCAGCGGACGGUGUCAUCGGAGUCAACAGACUCAGGUUGUGCUUUGGAUUCACCUGGACCUGCAACCUCAAAUGAUAUCAUGGAGGAAACGUUUGAGAAAGCAAUUAUUGAGUCCAGCAGGAUAAACCUUCGGAUACCGUUCAGAAGAAUCCAUUCACUGCCGCAAAGCCUCCUGGGAUCCAGCCCUGCUCUGAAGAGGAACCAUUCUGACUCUCUGGAAAGUGAUGAUUUUAAACUGCUGGAGCAAGAUGAAAAUAAGGAGAAUGAAUCGUUUGAGUUUAAGAAGCCAAACAAACCAGCUUCUCGUUGUCCUGUACAUGUAAGGGAGGGAAAAGGUGUUCCUGGGUCAAGGCAGAAUUCAUCUCCAGCUCAGAUGCUGCCCAUGGGUCAACAGGAGAACUACAGGUCAGCUUUCCUGCAGCACUCUUCUCUGCCUUCCUCUGAGAGUGAAGAUGAUGAUGGCUUCCUAGAGCUGCUGGAUGACCAAGAUUUGAAGAACGACGAGGAGAUGCCAUCUGACGUGUCGAGCCUGUGGACCGCGCCGCUGGUCAUGAGGAAAGCGGACAAUAGGGCCAAGCGUUGCCGCUUGUUUGGCUCUUCAUCUCUGCCUGGUGGUGUAGGAAGGACCACCCAGAAAAGGAUGGAGAGAUCCCAGGAAGAGAACUCUCCAGGGAAAAGCAAGAAGAGGAAAAGCCUGCCUGGAGCACCUUCUGAGGACUCAAUGAGCUUGAAAACGAUGAAGACAAAGUCCUCCACGGCAGAGAUUGAAAGCAUUUUGGAUAGUGAUCAGAGAGACCUCAUUGGGGACUUCUCCAAGGUUUAUUUAUUCCACACUGUCGAUGGGAAGCAUCAAGAUUUAAAGUACAUUGACUCAGAAAUGAUUGUGUCUGUGCUGACUGGGAAGUUUGCCAGCUUCAUCAAGAAGUGUGUGAUCAUUGACUGUAGAUACCCCUAUGAGUAUGAAGGAGGACACAUCAAGGGUGCUGUGAACUUGCACAUGGAGGAAGAUGUGGAAGACUACUUGCUUAAGAAGCCAAUCCAGCCCUCUGAAAACAAGCGAGUGAUCGUUGUGUUCCACUGCGAGUUCUCCUCAGAGCGAGGCCCUCGAAUGUGCCGGUUUGUGAGGGAACGGGACAGGCUGGGCAACGAGUACCCCAACCUCCACUACCCAGAGCUGUACGUCCUGAAGGGUGGCUACAGGGACUUCUUCCUACGGUGCCGUAGCUUCUGCGAGCCCCAGAGCUAUCGGCCCAUGCACCACGAGGACUUCAAAGAGGACCUGAAAAGGUUCCGCACCAAAAGCCGCACCUGGGCUGGCGAGAAGAGCAAAAGGGAAAUGUACAGACGCCUGAAGAAGCUCUGAGAGCUGAGCCCCACCAGCACAGACUGCCCACCAUGGAGGGGGGAAGGCUGUGGUGGGCGUGGGACAUGGCCUGGUGGUUCUUGGGUACCCUCUCUCUGUUCCUCUGGGUCUUGCUGGGAGCAUGGAGCAGCUCAGCUGCUGUCUGGGAGCUGACUUUUGUCAACAUUCCUGUCAGGCUGCCACCUGGAAACAGCUUCUCAUGGUCUGGGACAUGCCCCACAGCCCGGUGGGGUGAGGGAAGAGGCUGUCACCUGUCUGGGGGGCUCAGUGGGUGCAUGGUGGUGUGAGCAGUCAGUGAGUUUUAGUGCCUGUUCUCUUUUUAUUCCCUGCCCCCCACUCCUUUUUUUAUUAUUUUAUUUAAAUACAGUCAAAUGAAGCCCACGCUGCUGUGA